AUAUUCAGUCAUCGGCUACAACCAGAAGAAAAUGCAGUUUCUCUCGAGGAAUUAUUUAAUAUUUUUUUGAUUUUCUUGUGAUAAGAAAAAUUUUCAUUUAUUCAUAGAAAGUGACGUUGUAUUAAGUAUUAGAAAGUGAAUGUGAAAAGUGCUUGUCUGUUUCAUUUUUGUUCAUUUAUUUGUCGAUAAGAUUAAUAUAAACCUGAGUUUUAACUUUAAUAUACAACAUUAUGAGGCUGCAAAGUUUUUGUUUUAAUAAAAUCGGGAAGAUGCUGGAUUUCUAUUCCCAGUUUAAUCCAUCGCCAUUGUCGAUCAAGCAAUUUCUGGACUUUGGAUUAAAUGCUUGCGAACGUAAAUCUUUCGUUUUCCUUCGUAAGGAAUUGCCGGUGAGAUUGGCGAAUAUUAUGAAAGAAAUAGCGCUUCUCCCCGAUAACCUUUUAAGAACGCCUUCAGUUGGAUUGGUCAGCAAUUGGUAUGCGAAAAGCUUUGAAGAAGUUCUCGAUUUCGAGAAGUCUGAACCAUCGACCGACAACUUGGAGAAAUUCUGCUCGACAUUGAUUCAGAUUCGUGAUCGUCACACAGAUGUGGUUCAAACGAUGGCUGAUGGAAUACUCGAGCUGAAGGAGUCUCAAAAUAAUCUGGUUGAGCCUGGAAUGGAAACGUCGAUUCAAUAUUUCUUGGAUCGUUUCUACAUGUCGCGUAUCUCCAUUCGAAUGCUCAUCAAUCAACAUACGAUUCUUUUUGGUCAAGUACCACAACAAUCAGCACAUAUUGGAUGUAUUGAAGUCGAUUGCAAUCCUCGCUCUGUCGUUCUUGAUGCUUACGAGAAUGCCCGUUGGCUUUGCGAUCAAUAUUAUUUGGGAGCACCAGAGAUGGAAAUUAUCGAGCACAAUGAACUUGAAAAAGGCGAUCCAAUCAGGAUUGUUUAUGUGCCAUCACAUUUGUAUCACAUGCUAUUUGAAUUAUUCAAAAAUUCGAUGAGAGCUGUGAUGGAAACACAUCAAGAUAGCGGUGACAUUCCACCGCUUCAAGUGACAAUUGUCAAAGGCAAAGAAGAUAUCAGCGUAAAGAUUUCUGACCGUGGUGGUGGAAUUGCAAGGAGUCAAGUAGAUCAACUGUUUAAAUACAUGUAUUCGACAGCACCACAGCCUUCAAAAUCUGACAUGCAUACGGUUCCAUUAGCUGGAUAUGGCUAUGGUUUGCCUAUCUCGCGUCUUUACGCAAGAUACUUCCAAGGCAACAUAAUCUUGCUGUCAUGUGAAGGCUAUGGAACAGAUACUGUGAUAUAUUUGAAACGAUUAUCUGAUGAAGCAAAUGAACUGUUGCCGAUCUUUAACAAGACCAGUUCCAGAUUCUACAAAGCCACAGUUCCAACUGGUGACUGGUCGAAUCAGCGAUCGGAAAUGAAUUCAACAUUCAACCAAUGGAAAAGGAUCAAAAAGGGUCAUUAAUGGUAUUUAAUUACACCACAAUUCGCUAUCAGUCGAGAUUUUCUUAUCAAUAAAAAUUAAAUCGUUUGGUAUGACAAAAUUGGCUGAAAAUUCUAAAAGGAAUCUCGAAUUUGAAAAAACUGUUUUUGCAAUUUUGUAAGCAAAUCAUCAAAGUAUGAAUUAAAAUUAAAGGAACUAGAUACUCAUGACUUAGAAUGUAAGAAUUUUGUGUAAUGAAUUACAAGCAAAUUGCUGGAACAUCAAUUUUCUAUGAUGCAUUAUCGGGUAUUUCAUAAGAAAUGUGUGUUAUCUAAUAAAUAAUAUAAAUAAACCAAAAGUAUUAUGUGAAUGAAAAA